AUGGGCCUGUGCAAGUGUCCCAAGCGCCGGGUGACGACGCUGUUCUGCUUCGAGCACCGCGUGAACGUCUGCGAGAGCUGCCUGGUCAGCGCCCACCCCAAGUGCAUCGUGAGGUCGUACCUGCAGUGGCUGCAGGACAGCGAUUACAGCCCCCAGUGCCCCCUCUGCGAAGCCCCCCUGGGCGAGCGUGAGACCGUGCGGCUCGUCUGUUACGAUGUGUUCCACUGGCCGUGCCUGGCGGGGUGGGCUCGGGCGCUGCCCCCCCGCACAGCCCCCGCCGGGCACCGCUGCCCCCAGUGCGGGGGACCCCUGUUCCCCCCCCCCAACCUGGAGGGCCCUGUGGCCGAGGCACUCCGGGCACGGCUCCGGACGGCGCCCUGGGCGCGGCCCGGGCUGGGGCUGCCACUGAUCGAGGAUUUGGAGGAGCCGCCAGAGCCUGAGACCACCCAGGAGCCAGACGGGGGCUGGGAUGCUCCCAUCACCCCCCCGGAGCCCCCCCCGAGUCCUCCCCAACCCCACGCCGUCGUCCACAUGGGCGGGGAGACCCCAACCCUGCACCCAGGCUCCGCCCCUCGCAAGCCCCUGGGGGGGCGCGAGACCUGGAGCCCCCCCGACCGGGACGAGGACAAAUACCGGCGCCGGCCCCUGGCAUGGAUGCCCCCCAAGUUCAGGUGCCGCAUACGCGGGGUCCCGCGGCGCCCCCUGCUGGCGCUGUGCCUGGGCGGGGCCGCGGCCUUCGCGCUGCUGCUGCUGCUAUUGGGCAGCCUGGGMAGGGGCGGGGCCGACACCGACCCCGCCCUCGAGCCGCUCAACAACCCCCACGUGCGGGUGGGGCACUGACCACGCCCCAAAGGGCGGAGCCUGGCGGGGGGCGUGGGCUCCAUGGGGCGUGGCAAAUAAAUGGCGCCUCMUUUUGGAGAGAGAGGUGGAAGUGUCCACGCGAUUCUUGGGGGUACCAGUUC